UUCAAACAAAGCAGCAGGCCAUUCAAACAAACCCAUUUUCAUCGCUCUCCAAAAUUCAACGUUUAAAUUUCUUUUUUUAUUCAUGCAUUUGGCCAUCUAUAAAUUACUUCCCUCCGGAUUUGCUUUUGCAAAAAUAGAGAAAACCAAGAGGAUAUCUAUCAAAGAAAAUGACCGAUUGCAGUGAUCCAGGAAAGAGUUCGUGGCCGGAGCUGGUGGGAACAAACGGCGAGGUGGCGGCACACAUCAUCGAAAAAGAAAACCCAAAGGUUAGCGUCCGAAUCGUGAAAGAAGGACUGAUGGUGACCAUGGAUUUUCGUUGUGAUCGGGUGCGGGUUUGGGUGGACAACUAUGGAAUUGUGAAGACCACGCCUCACAUUGGCUAACAGUAUACCAUGUGCGAAGAUCCCAAAAAGCACCAAUAAGCUAAACUAUUUGACUUGCAAUAAAUAAAAUUAGUUUGUAUAAUCUUAAGAUGCCAUAGGUUUGUCAUUUUUUUUCUUAAAUUAGUUUUACAACUUUAUAAUGUUUCGACAAAAUUAUAUAAUUAAAAAUUAAAUAUAUG